GGUCCAGGGUCUGUAACUCGUGGAUUUAAAGCCUACAACUCUCGAACAUCUGCGCUUGCGCACUGACGUAUUAGCUGAACAAUCAGAAGCCACAACACGGCCUUAUAAUGGACGGACCAAUAGCCGUUAAACCUCAUAGGAGGGCAGUGAGGACUACAGAAAGGACGUGUUCCCGUAGACCUCAGUAGCUGUGACAGCCUGUCCGCAUCUAAGGAGCUGUCCGACCUUAGAGCGUGACCUGGAUGAGCAGGACUUCUGAAUCUCAGAGGGCCCGGUAAGCGUCAAUUUACCCCCUCAAGUCGACCGAACACAGACUUCGUCAGUGAAGUGUAGACUAUAAACCCAUCAACCAACCAAACGCUAAACCUUAUUUCGUUGAGUACAGUCCAACAUGUCGGACGUACACCUAGGAGCUCAAAAGCAGUAAGAAACCAGUACAAGCCGACCAUAAAACAACAGACACCAGCUAUGGUAUGGAUAUUGGCGCAACUGAAGACAUUAAAAUGCAGGCAUGUGACGACUGAGGUCUGCAGAUGGUUAUAACCAAACGAUACAUGGAACAAUUGAUAUGGCACCGAAUAAUGUAACUAGGUACAACGAAGAAACACUACGCUUGACUACCAAUUUAAGAAAACGGAAAAGGCGUCAUAAUGUGAGGAUCUCAAAGUCACAGAGAAGAGAUAUUGCUGUAAAUGACACAGAUAUUCACUAUUCUAUCCAAUGUCCUGACAUCGAAUACAUGGAUAUACAAUAGAUUGUUGUAAGGCCAUCACUUAAUAGAGUAUAUCAUAUUAAGUGCAAAGUUUGUAUAAAAGAUUCCAAAGUGAUCAAAAUCGAAUCAAUGAAAACAAAUAUAUACAUACAACGGAAAAGUAGUGGAAAGGAGACAAAAAUGACAGAUGAACGUCAGGAGAAGGCGAUGAGAACUGAUACACAGGUUGAUACAGAUGAGAUGAAUACAUAUUAAGAUCAUGACAGAACUCGGACAAAACCGUCACAAGAGAGGGAGAAUUAUAACGACUCUUAUAUGUAGAUCGUGAUAUUUGUGUGAAUAAGCAGGUUACAAAGUUAAGGCAAAGACAUAGAGGACAAAUUUCUUGGGAACAAGUUAGGAUUAUUCAUGUUUUGAGCAAAUAUGUUUCAAAUAACAGCCAGCAAAGUUAAAAAGGUGACAAUUAAGGGAAAACAGCAUCUUCUCUUUUAGUCUUUCAAUCUUGUAAUAACGAGAAAUGUGCCUACAGUGAUGACGUAGUUCAAAGGUCAAGAAAUGAUGCAACAAUGGGAAUAAUGUAUCGCUGUGCUGACAGGGAUGGCAAAGGUCAAAGGUCAAAAAAUGGUGUGACAAAUAAAACAAUGUCUCGCUGUGUUGACAGUGAUGACGUAGUUCAAAGGUCAAGGAAUGGUGUGACAACUAGAACAAUGUCUCGCUGUAUUGAAAGUGAUGACGUAGUUCAAAGGUCAAGAAAUGGCGUGACAUCUAGAACAAUGACCCGCUUGCUGGAUAAACAGGAGCACAGUAAAACAGAACCGCUCCAAGAAAGAAAAUGGACUUCCUUUGAGAUCACACAUUUGCGUCGUGCUAUCACAUUUAUACCCGAGGAUCACCCGGACUUUUGGGAUUUAGUACAACAGAUGGUAAUAACCAAGACCAGAAAGGAAUGCCAGGAGCAACACCGAAGAGAUCUAGUGACAGUGACGCAAAUUGAGCAGAUGAAAGCAAACACAACAACCUAUUGUAUAAGUAAAGAAGUCUCUUAUUCGACAAAAGAUAUCAGGAAGGGGAAAAUGCCUCAUAUCAAAGUACAGGAACAGCCUAAAGACGUCAGGAAGGGGAAUAAGCCUCAUAUCAAAGUAAAGGAACAGCCUAAAGACGUCAGGAAGGGGAACAGGCCUCUUUUCAAAGUAAAGGAACAGCCUAAAGACGUCAGGAAAGGGAAUAGGCCUCAUAUCAAAGUACAGAAACAGCCUAAAGACGUCAGAAAGGGGAAUAGGCCUCUUAUCAAAGUACAGAAACAGCCUAAAGACGUCAGAAAGGGGAAUAGGCCUCAUAUCAAAGCACAGAAACAGCCUAAAGAAGAAAGCAAAACAUAUAAAGAAAAAUACAAUUGUGACAGUUUUAGUCAUCGUAAUUGGAAACAAAAUGUCGGUGGUUCUUGUGAAAAACCCUACAAAUGUCAUGUUUGUGAUAAGGUGUUCAUUGAAAAGAGCAGCAUGGAGAUCCAUCUCACGUCACAUACAGGAGGUGAAUUCAACAAAUGUCAUGUUUGUGGUAAGGAGUUCCAUGCUAAACGAAACAUGCAGAGACAUGUUCGUGUACAUUCUAGGGAAAGACCUUACACAUGCAAUAUAUGUGGUAAAGAUUUCAAAAGCAAGUGUGUUAGGCAGAAACAUCUUCGCAUACAUACCGGAGAAAAACCUUACAAAUGUGAUGUUUGUGGUAAGAAAUUCAACGUCAGAAUGGACCUACAGAGACAUGGUCGGGUACACAACGGAGAAAAGCCUUUCACGUGUGAUAUUUGUAGUAAAGGAUUUUGUGACAAACGUGAUGUACGAAAACAUAGGAUGAUACAUUCAGAGGAAAAGCGAUACAAAUGUGAUAUUUGUGAUAAAUCCUUCAGUAGAAAGUACACGCUAAAAGUACAUAUCCGAAUACACUCUGGCGAGAAACCUUACAGGUGUGAUAUGUGUGGUAAGUGUUUCGGUGACAAGGGGGACAUGCGGAAACACCUGAGGACACAUACUGGAGAAAAACCUUACAACUGUGAUUCCUGUGGUAAAACGUUUAGUAGAAGUGACAGCUUGCAAAUGCAUAUUCGUAUACAUACUUCAGAAAAGCCAUACACCUGUGAUGUGUGUGGUAAAAUGUUUAAUCAGAAGAGCAACUUUCGUAUACAUUUCCGCAUUCAUAAUGAAGAAAAACUUUACAAAUGUGAUAUGUGUGGUGAAGGUUUCAGUGACAAACGAUCUAUCCGGAAACAUGGCUUGUAUUCUGAAAAGAAAACUUCUUGCAAAUGUGUUAUUCGUAGUAUAUAGGGAAGAUCAUCUUUAAAAGCAUUUUGGGGAAAAAUUCGUAGAAUAUGUUUGUAGGAAGGUGUCAAAUACAAAUCAGUAUAUACACAAAAAUGUUCUGAUACAUACUGGAUCAAACGAUAAAAUACUUAGACAAGUGAUGAAAGGGAUUAUAUUCAGAGGAUUACGUGAAGACUAGAGCGUAAUAUAUAUAAGUCCUGCUUAUACAUUUUUUUUAAUUUUUCGAAACUGUCUUACAAUCCAAUCUUUAAUGAUAAGAUUACGGACCUGCCACGUUUGUAUUGGAUUCCAAAAAAUAUUAAAGAAACUUUGUAGUUAACAUUCUUAUUGCUGGCUCUACUAAUUGAUCAAAUAAACUAUUAUCUAAACUUCUAACUACCAUUUUAGAUCACUUAAUCAGGGUCACAGUAGAAGUGCAUAUUAUGUAUUUCUUUACUAAAACGAUUACCAACAGAGAAAAAUUAUUACGCUGAAAAAAAAGCGUUACGAUUUCGGUUUUUCUAUCCAGAAGUUUCCUUUUUUGAUAGUAAUAUCCAUGCUUCCCGACCAUAAAAAAGGCCGAUGUUUACAUGUUGCAGUUAAAUCGAUACUCAAAAACGUGCUCCGAAUGUCAUGAUGUCCGUGAUGGAUGUCAACUAGCGAUAGAAAACAGCACAAUUUGUCAAUGGAUGCAGGUUUAUUAAUAACUGCGGUCAAGUUUUGUGGUCGCAACCAGGACCACAUUGGGAACUAUUCUAUAUGCUUAUGUGAUUUAUGAAGGUCGGUGUUUACGAUAAAUAUGUGACUUGUUGCUUCGUUGGCCUUACCCUGGUUCUGACUUUGUGGAUUUUUUUAUCACUACAGUGUUUAUUAUGAUUAUAGAAGUUUUCAAUAAAUUGUUCAAUG